AGCAGCCGUGCGAUGACUCAAUGGAGGUGCGAAGCUAGCCACCCUAGCGAAGCCGUCGUGUGUGAAGUAAGUUUGUGAAACUGCCGUCUGUUAUGCGUUGUUCAGACGGCAAACUGAAGGAAAUCUAGCAAAUAAUGAGUUUUUUCGGGAAAAAGACGUCGCCUGCAGAACAAAUGCGGCAGCAAAAUAGGGAGCUUCGAAAGACGCAGAGAGAUAUCGAGAGGGACAGGCGUGAGCUGGAAAGGCAGGAGAAACAGCUGGAACUUGAAAUCAAGAAAGCUGCUAAUCAAGGAAAUAAGCAGGUAUGCACGGUUUUAGCGAAGCAGCUUGUGCAGUUGCGAAAGCAGAAGGCGAGGACGUAUGCUGCGUCGUCCAAAGUGCAAGCCAUCGGCUCGCAGUCUAAGCUGAUGAACGCAAACGUGAAACUUGCGAAUGCAAUGGCCACCACUGCGAAGACAAUGGGUGAAGUGAACAAGCAGAUCAAGCCUCAGGACAUUGCCAAGACGAUGCAAGACUUUGAGAAGGAGAGCACAAAAAUGGGAAUGACCGAGGAACUAGUUGAGGACACACUCAACUCUAUCCUGGAUGAAUCCGGUGAUGAGGAAGAGCAGGACGCCAUUGUCAACAAGGUUCUUGACGAAAUUGGCAUCGAGAUGACUGGAAAGCUUGCUGCUGCUCCGUCUGCAAGGUCUGAUCCCCUUGGCGAGAGUUCCAAGGCACGCCUGCCAACUGACGAAGAAAUAGAACGCCAGCUUGCCAAGUUAAAGACCUGAGCAGCGCCUGUCCCAGUUUGUUUUGAUAAGCCACGUGUACAGAUGCUUCUGUAAUAUACAGUGCGGCUGGUUGUGAUAUCGCCAUCGAGUCUCGAGGCAACUA